CACCGAACAUUAAUUUCCUAUUCAUUAUGUUUCCGUUUCCAAGCUAAUAUUUUAUCCAUAGAUAAAAACAAAACCAAUAUGUCAUGUUAUAACAUUUGAUAACGUUAUACUUAAUUUGUAUAAGAUUUUUGUAAUGAAUAGUGAUAAGGCAUCAGUGUUGAAAAUUAGUGGGUCAAUGACCACGGAUACUUUUGAGACCACGAGUAACCCGCCAGGGUCGGUGCGGUCGUUCAGCGUGUUCGGAGACAGCGCGUGCGGGGAGCCGCUCCUUGCACAGCAUCUGGUAGUAGACUUCACUCCUGAUGAUAAACUAGAUACAGAUUACAUUCAGAGGAAGGUGUGCGCUUUCUGGGAGUUCGUUGAUGUUACACCUGAGUUGAGAGAUAUUCUGGUGUUGCCGGAUUCUGAUUUGUUCAAAGUAUCGGAAUCGAGUGACUUCAGGCCUGACGUGAAACAAAGAAAACAAAAAAGUUUCACUAACAAAGUUGUGAGUAAAGCGCGCACUGCUGUCUCCAUGCUGGAGUUUGUCGAAGAGAGGGGUCUAAUAGAUCGAACGUUCGAGUCUAGACUACCGCAGUCGACAUGCUCGCUCGGCUCUAGGGAGUACCACGAGAGUCAACUCCCAAUGGACUUCGAUAAGGCCACAUUACACGAAAAACAGAAAAAUGGAAACUUUUACCAGGGCCACAUGAAGUAUAGCAAAAGGACGCAGACCCCAGACUUUCGUCAUGGCAAGAGCAACGCAAAAGUACAGAACAUGUGCAGGAAAAUGCGGCAAUGGGACCAACUGCAUCCCAAGUGUAUGCAGUGCCCGCGCCACCUGCACGCGAGCAUGGAUGCGCACGCGCACGCGCACCGGCACAAGAGGGCCAGCUGAUGCGAUUACUAUACACAGCACGUGUUUAUAUAAUUUAGAUUUUACAUUUAAUUUAGAUAAUGCUUUUAAUUUAGAACUAGUAUUAAUUUUGAUAUUAUUAAUAUUUUUAAUUAUAUUUGUAAUUGUA